AAAAUAAGAAUUGAUAUUGAAAUCAAGAAAGAAUAUCUUUUGCAAUCUAGAAUAAUAGAAAUUUUAUAUAAACUACGAGAAAAAAGAAUAGCAUUAUUAAGACAACCAUCUUCACCUAAACAACUAGCUGAAAAUGAAGAUGAAAAUGAAAUUUAUUUAUCUACAAGAAUAAUCGAUAAUGCAAAACCAAAUAGAAAUUAUAAUAGAAAUGACAUUGCGCAAAUUUCAUAG